UCAGCCGAGGUGGGGAACAUGGCCGUCAGGUUCCUGUGGGCGGUCCGGCGGCGGAUGCAGCCCCUCCUGGCCUCGAGUGGCGCGUCAGAUGGCAGGGGAUGGCUGCAUCCUUUCAGCACUGCCACCCAGAGAACCGCUGGUGAAGACUGCAAUUCUGAGGACCCUCCUGAUGAACUUGGGCCCUCUCUUGCAGAACGAGCCUUAAAGCUAAAAGCUGUUAAACUGGAGAAGGAAGUCCAGGAUUUAACAGUGAGAUACCAGAGAGCUAUAGCUGAUGGUGAAAAUAUAAGAAGGCGAACCCAGAGAUGUGUAGAAGAUGCCAAGAUAUUUGGAAUUCAGAGUUUCUGUAAGGAUUUGGUGGAGGUGGCAGACAUUUUGGAGAAGACUACAGAGUGUAUUUCUGAAGAAACAGAGCCUGGGGACCAGAAGCUCACUCUGGAGAAGAUCUUCCGAGGCUUGUCACUUUUAGAAACAAAGCUGAAAAGCGUGUUUGCCAAACAUGGCCUGGAGAAGAUGACACCCAUUGGUGACAAAUAUGACCCUCAUGAGCAUGAACUCAUCUGUCAUGUGCCAGCUGGUGUUGGGGUGCAGCCUGGCACUGUGGCAUUAGUAAGGCAGGAUGGCUACAAGCUUCAUGGCCGCACCAUUAGACUCGCCCAGGUGGAAGUGGCAGUGGAGUCUCAGAGAAGACUAUGAAUGGGCCCAGAGGAACUGAAAGUUCUCCCGGAGUGCAGUCACCUGUGAUUCCUUUAUUUAUUAAACUAGGUUCGUAUUGUA